GCUCUUGGAGGCACUGGCAGGUUGUUCUGUGCUGUUACCUAAAUAUGUCUGGGUUUAGAGCGGUGCCUUUCGGGGGCUCCCGCUAACAUGACGGGCAUCGCCAUUUCUGAGCCCAAGUAGGUAUUUUCUAGCAGUGCAUCACGCAAAACACAGCAGGCAGCUUCCUAGGAGUGGUCAGGCAAGAGAGCAGAGCCACGGCUAUUCCUGGUGGGUCCCCAUGAUGCCUGCCCUCAAUACGAAGGCUGCUGUGCUUCCUUGCAAAAAGGAGCGCUGUAGCUGGGAGAUGUAGAGGCCUGUAGUUUAGGUCAGACCUGUCAUACCGACUUUUAGUGCUGGUUUUGACCUGAGGCUGUUAAUCCUGCAGGGCUGUAAGAGUGGAGAGCAAAUGCAGUCUACGGGCAUAAAACCGAGUGAAGUUGCAGUGCGAGCGGUGCUGGUGCACAGCUCCAUGCUUUGCCAAGGGCAUUGGUGCAGCGAGUCCACAGAAAUGAUCAGAGGUCUCCAAAAAAGCCACUUCCUUAUGAAAUGUGAGGCUCUCAAUCUGUUCGGUUUAUCCAACGUAAGACCAAGACGGCAAUGAAUUAACAGAGGAGUCAUACCAGGUCCAAGAGAGCCUUUUUAAGCUCCUGGGAAGUGAGACGUAAGGUCCCUUUUAGCAGGAAGGACGACCAACCCUUGGAAGAAGUGACCAGCAGAAAUAAUGGAUAUCCUCGUCUCCUGGCAUCCUUCAAGUCACCAGCACUUGCCUUUCUAGAAAAGCUACUUUCUUGUAAAAAGAGACAUAAAGCCCAAGGGAUGUGCCACUGCAUUGAGUUUUAUAGCCUGAGUGACACAGGAAGUAGGGCUGAACAUAUCAAUAAUCCUUUAUGUUAGAUAACCACUCCAUCUUGAUGUGAGUCACAUUUGGGCCUUACUAGAGCACAUUAUUGACACACGGCGCCUGCGUUUGUGACAGUAAGAGAAUGAAUUCACUCUCAUUGAAGCUUAAAAGGACUAGCCUUCCUGUAUUCUUAAGAGUUGUUGAUAAGUUGGAAACUUUUAUUAGGAGGCUUAGAUCAGCCAGAUCCUGAAAGGGGGAGCUGUCAUCACGGCACAGGAAAAAUACUGAAAAUGACAAUUGUGUGUCCGCCGGCAUUGGUGGAAGUGCCGCUGUGUUGGCACGGUGUUUAGGUGUUAUUCCUGAGAGUAACAGCUUGACAGUGUCAUUCUCUGAAGGUCCUACGAAUUCCAGCUUGCAGUGCUCUUGUGAUACCCUGCUCAUGAGACCACCAAAACACUGCUUGUAGUUAAGACACUAAUUAAUUUUAAUGACUCACUAGCAAAGCACUUUGGAGUGGUAAUCACAAACCAGGACUGCACUGUGCAAACACAAAACCUAAGGGCACUCCCUACCCCAGCAAGCUUUCAAUCCAAACACUGCAAUCUAAACGCACAGCAAGAGAUAGCCCAGGGGAGAUGGAUGAGAGGGUGAGGAAACACCAGAGUGAUAUUGAUCAGCAUAAUAACAUGUUCUUAGCACACAGCUCUGAUUGCCUGGAGUUUUCAUUGUCUUCCACUGGGACAUGGCUGUAUUUGAUGUUUUAGCACUUUCUGGACUGGAGCUGAGGACUCAGUGCGUGUACUGGAGGAUUUACGGAGCGAUUUCUCGUUGGUGACUCUUCUGUCACCUUUGUGAGCGUCGGUGCACAGCGGUGGGCUGUUCUCAGGUAUGCAGGGACUGGCAGUUGUGACACCAAGCAGAAUAUUCACAAUGUCAAAGCAUUUGCUUCCCCAAGAAGGUGUUUAACCGGUUCGCGCUAUCUUCUGUGUUACCAAACCUGAAUCCCUAGGAGACGUUUGCAUGGGCUUGGAGACAUUCGUUAGUCCAUCCAGUUGUGAAAGUAUGCAACGUUACCAUGGCAUCUCAGCAACGUAAGGAAAGCUCUACCUGAAACGCUCUGGAAUUGCUGAAUCCUGACUUAACCUGACUCGAAGCUGGAUUUAAACAAUGAAUUGUAGGGGGGAUUGUAAUCAAUGUGGAGGAUCUAAACUGGCUAACUACAACACUGCAGUGGCUGGGGCAGACCCAGGAAGCAUGGUAAAUUAGACUUUUUGAGUCCCUACUGCAUUGACUAGGUUGCUACUGACACAGGGCAGAAAGCUCAAACGUUGAAUGGAAGAUAGACUCAUCCUCGCCUAAAAUCAGUGGUGCUACUCAGUGGUAAUUAAGAUUAGAAAAUGGCUUUUUGUGGAUCUGACUCUUGAUAGUGCAAAUCAGGGUGAAGUUCAGUUCUCUUACUGCUGAACUGGUGUUCCCUCCAAGGCUGCUGAGAACAGCUUUGGCUUUAUGGUGGUUUAUCUGAAAGCAGGACUAUAUUUUCCUUGGCUGGAUUGCCGCCUUAGUGCAGGCCAGACUUUGAAAUCUCGUGGCAGAGUUUAUGACCUGAUAAUAAAGGGAAUGAUCCCUUUGCAGCUAUUCAAAAAUAGUGGAAAGCCCGUGAAACUAUCUUUUGUCUCUCUGCCUCUUCUGCAUAGGUGCCCAGAAGUUUAGGCAGCAAUCUGACCUGUCUCCUUUUGAGUCUGGACUGGCACACUGGGUAUUUCCACAUGCAGGGUGCAACACACCUAAAAAUGCCUUUACUUUAGUGCUAGCAGGAAAGAGAAAGCAAAAGCUAAGACAAAGCUGGACUCUGCUAGCCUCAGAGGCUGCAGCUGGCUUUGAUUUAUGUUAAGUGGGCUGUGCCUGAAGCUGAGGCCUCUUAUCUCCUUUCUGCUAUUGCAGGGGGGGAGCUGCCUGCUCUGCAGUGAAGACUUUAAAAAUUGGUGCAUAUUCCCUCUUCUUGUUAUAACACCCUUUUACUCAAGCAGGGAGGAAGGGAGAAGCUAUGAGAAAGUGGCAAUCAGGCCCGUCCCAUUUUAAUUCUCUGCCAAGGGAGCCCAGAGCAGGCGAGGGCAGGAGCACCCGUGCUUGAUGUCCCUCAGCUGCACAUGUGGCGGAGGCGAAGGGAGGUACAGAACAAAGCCAGGUCUGAGCACAGGGACACAGCGCGCCAGGUGUGCCGUGUCCGCCUUCCUGGGCCCUUCCCUUCUCGCUCACUGGAGUCCAGCAGGUUGGGGGUGGGUGGGAAGGCUGCCAGGCACACCUAGCUCUCUGAGGCAGUAAAACGAUCCCUCUUUUGCCCUCCAGCCAAGCCCAGCUCUUCUAACGGAUAAAAGGAGAGGCGAGUCCGGAGAACUCGCUCAUUCUCUGGGUCUCCAGCGCAGCUUCCCCAAGCUUUUUAAGGGUGAGGGAUACGGAAAACAUCCUCAGAGCAGCCAUGUCCCGGUCUGUGAGUUUCAGCUCUCGCUCUGUGGCUGUCCCAGGGGUCAGCCAAAUGCGAGUCAGCACUGUCUCCUCAACUCGUGGAGGAGGGGGUGCCAGCUUUGGCAGGGCAGGUGGCUUUGGCCGCCCCGGCCUCUAUACCCGCGGCUCUGCCAGCAAUCGGAUCUCCCUCGGUAGAGGUGGCAGCUCCUACAGCGUUCACUCUGGAUACGGCUAUGGCGGCGGGCUCGGCAUGGGAUUCGGCCCCGCAGGCAUUCAGGAGGUCAACAUCAACCAGAGUCUCCUGACACCCCUGAAUCUAGAGAUCGACCCCAAUAUCCAGAGGGUGCGGAAGGAGGAGAAGGAGCAGAUCAAGACCCUCAACAACAGAUUCGCCUCCUUCAUCGACAAGGUCCGGUUCCUGGAGCAGCAAAACAAAAUGCUGGAGACCAAAUGGAGCCUCCUCCAGGACCAGAAGACCUCCCGAAGUAACAUUGCUCCCAUGUUUGAGGCAUACAUCAACAACCUGCGGCAUCAGCUGGAUGGGUUGUUGAAUGACAAAGGGCGUUUGGAGGGUGAACUGAAGAACAUGCAGGAUCUUGUUGAGGAUUUCAAGAACAAAUAUGAAGACGAAAUCAACAAGCGCACAGCAGCAGAGAACGAGUUCGUGGUGCUCAAGAAGGAUGUGGAUGCUGCCUACAUGAACAAAGUAGAGCUGGAGGCCAAGGUGGAUGCACUGACAGAUGAGAUUAACUUCCUGAGGUCUCUCUAUGAAGCGGAACUUCGUGAGCUGCAGGCCCAGAUCUCUGACACCUCUGUGGUCCUGUCCAUGGACAACAGUCGCAACCUGGACCUGGACAGCAUCAUUGCGGAGGUUAAAGCACAGUAUGAGGAGAUUGCCAACAGGAGCCGAGCGGAGGCUGAGUCCUGGUACCAGAGCAAGUACGAGGCACUGCAGGUCACUGCUGGGAAACACGGAGAUGACCUGCGCAACACAAAGAAUGAGAUCUCGGAGAUAAACCGCAUGAUCCAGAGGCUGCAGAGUGAAAUUGAAAAUGCAAAAGCCCAGCGUGCCAAGCUGGAGGCAGCCAUUUCCGAAGCUGAGGAACGUGGUGAAUUGGCCAUCAAAGACGCCAAGGCAAAGCUGGAGGAACUGGAGGCAGCUCUGCAGAAGGCAAAGCAGGACAUGGCUCGGCAGCUCCGGGAAUACCAGGAGCUCAUGAACGUCAAGCUGGCCCUGGACAUUGAGAUUGCUACCUACAGGAAGCUACUGGAGGGAGAGGAGAGCAGGUUGGCUGGCGAUGGAUUUGGCAACGUCAACAUCUCUGUGGUCAGCUCCAGCGGUGGAGGCGGCUAUUCCAGCUCCAGUGGAUUCCUGGGAGGAGGAAUUGGAGGAGGCCUUAGCCUGGGAGCAGGCAUGGGCAGCGGGGCACUUGGCUUCUCCUCUGGGGGUGGUUCCAAGUCCUACACCCUGACCACAACCUCGUCCACCAGGAGAAGCAUCAGGAAAUAAACUACAGGAACCAAAAUCAGCGGUAUCCAAAUACAUGGGGGGAGGGAAACCAUGGAAAGAAAAGUUGUGGUGUCUUUUAUAGGACAAAUUGGCUGCAAAAUUUCUGCAGUGAUGAAUGAAUUGGAAUAAGACAUACCAGAGUACCUGACCCUACUGCCUCAUGCCUAAGGCUUGAUCCUGCACUGUUGAACUCAGUGGGAACCAUUCCACUGAGAGCAGGUUCAAGCCUGUAGGGUGAAAUUUCCCCAGCGAAGCAGGUGGGAUAAUGCUUAUAUGUUACUUGUGUGUUUGGUACCCCCUGCUCAGGGCUGAAUUUCACCCUUUGAAGGGCAAAGCAAUCAUUUGAAUGGCAAACUUUUCCACAUUUCUGCUGUGGUUUUGCAAAAGAGACCAGAAGAUUAUCUCCCUCUAAGUGUGAUUUGGAAUACCUUAUACCCUUGGGAUCCUCGGAAAAUGCCAGCCCUUGUUAAGAUUUCAGUCUGGAUUUGUUUUCUUAAAAUAUACCAGGAAGAAAACAGUGGAAUUGUUUUGGAUUUUGCCUUAUUUUCUUUGGAAAUUGGCCCAGAAAUGGAAUUCAACAAAUCUCCUCUGAAUGAAGCUAAUUUCUUACUGAAGACAGUGCAGACAGAUUUACUUUCAGGCUCUUUAUAACAAGAUAACUCAUAAACAAGUUCCCCCAGUCAUUCCCUCUCCCUAAAAGAAGCCUAAAGUUUAAGGGAUAUAGAAUUGCUUAAAAUCAUAGGUAACACUGAAAUGGGAGAUAACAUUCUCCAUCCUGUGACUGCUUGUUCCUACCAAAAUGUGUCUUCAACUUAAACAUGCCAGGGAAACAGGUUUUAACUGCGGCAGGAGGAAAGAAAUAGUAAAUAAUUAACUCGAAGAAACUGCACAGAACUGCUGUAUUGCAUGCUCAGCCGUGUAUCCUAGCAUCGUAUCUCUAGUUGAAGUUUUCUGCCUUUUGGUCUGAGAGUUUGUCACAAGGCCGUUAAUAAAGAUACCCUAUUGCA